UUCCCCAGCGGCAGGGCUUUGCUGGGGGAGGCCGGUCCUUGCGCGGGGGGAGGCCGGUCCUUGCUGGGGGAGGCCCGUCCUUGCUGGGGGAGGCCGGUCCUUGCUGGGGGAGGCCGGUCCUUGCUGGGGGAGGCCCGUCCUUGCUGGGGGAGGCCCGUCCUUGCUGGGGGAGGCCCGUCCUUGCUGGGGGAGGCCGGUCCUUGCUGGGGGAGGCCGGUCCUUGCUCGGGGAGGGAGGCCUCCCGGGAGCGGCGGGGAGCAUGGCCGGGCUCCCCGGGGGGGCGGAUCGGCCCCCGGAGGCGGAGGCGGAGGCGGAGGCGGAGGGGCCCCGGGGCCGGUGUCCUCGGUCGGGCCGCCUGGGCCUGGAGCCGUGGGAGCACGGCUGGAUGCUGGCGGCCGCCGAGGGCCGGCUGGACCUGCUGCGGGAGGCGGCGGCGGCGGCGGGCUUGGCGGGCGCGGCGGUCCCGGCCCUGCUGGCGCGGCCCGACCCGGUGACGGGCUACUCGGCGCUGCACUGGCUGGCCAAGCACGGUCGCCACGAGGAGCUGGUGGCGGCGCAGCGUUGGGCGCAGGGCUGCGGCGCGGAGCUGGGGGUCAGCGCGGCGGGCGGCGGCGGGCUGACCCCGCUGCACCUGGCGGCCGGCCAGGGCCACGAGCUGGCCGUCAAGGUGCUGGUGGGCGCGCUGGGCGCCGACCCCACCCGCCGCGACCACGGAGGCCGCCGCGCCUGCCACUACCUGCCCGCCCACGCCUCCCCCGACCUCCGAGACCUGGCCGGGGCCGAGGACCUCCCCCUCCAACGGCCCCGACCCCAGAACGCCAACAACAACUGCAGCGGACCCGCCCCCGCCGCCCCCGCCGCCACCGAGGAGAGGCGGGACGGGACCCCCAGCCCCCAGCCCCCCGCCGCCUCCCGCCGCCUCCGCUUCUUGCGCCAAGUUUUGGCCCGCUUCCGCGACCCCUGA